AUUUUUCCGUUUGCGCCAUCAAGGAUAGUUCUUCCGAAAGGUUCUUGGAAUACGAACCAUGCAUACUUUGUACUUCUCUCUGCUGGCACUCGGGGUACGCCUUUCCCACGUGCAGGCGACGACUGCAACACGUCCCAUGUCUUCCACCGCAUGGACGUCACCAGCUCCAUGGGCAGCCUGGACGGCAUCGUCGUGGACAGCAUGGACGGCACCAUCAUGGACAGCGUGGACAGCACAGUCGGAAUGCUACGGCCCGUGGACCUGCUGGGAGCCAGGGACGUGUUCGGUCACGUGUGGGGAGGGCGUGACGGUAGAGAAGCGGACCAGAGAGCGUCUUGACUGUGCUACCAGUGACUGUAACGGCCCACUGGAGGAGCAGAGAUCGGCAACCUGCAACAUUCCAGGAUGCGCUUGUGAUGAGGAUGUUGGCGAGUGGACAGUGUGGGCUGGAGUGUCCCCGUGCUCAGCGACGUGCAGUGGCUAUAUGACCCAGAACCGUUACAGAGAGUGUACGGUACCAACGGGCUGCUCCUGGGACCUGAUCCAGUCCAGACAAAUGCCAUGCUCCCACCCCUGCUGGUAGUCUCCCAGUCAGGACGGAGAUCACUUCAUCGGAGAAGCAAGUCUUCACGUUAAUCAACAUCAGAAAUAUUUCAUGAAGAAUAAAUUUGGCAUGUUCAAAA